AUGGGAUGCGGCGGCUCCACAGUACGCGAUGGGUCAAAUGGUACCACCGGACCUCAGCACACCUCCAACGGACAAACUGAACGCGGGAGGCAGGGGGAUGCCUUUAAAACAGUGUGCUCUGAAAACGACCCUCAAAAUAGGAAUGGUCCUCACACGCAGCAGAAUAAUGAUGCAGAGUUUGGGGAACCACCGAAGAAAGACACAGACAAACCUAAGAUAGAUGGUGAGGUCAGAACUACGUCAUCGGAUGAGGCUGAAGGCGAUCCUCAUAAUGGAAAGAUUCCUCUUAUCAAAUCAUCUCAGCAGAGUGGCACAGAAGAAGGUAACACACAUCAGAAACCACCCGAUGACAGUAAUAACAAUGAAACACGUCCAUUGUUCUCUAUGUAUUCUCCAAAACAACAGCCUAGGAACAGUCAAACACAUGAGGUAACAGAAUCAGUACCUCCUGUACUCAGUACUAACAAUGAGAGAAACCGCACUCCCGAACCCAUUCCCAAUUCAGACUCCAAUGGGCCGCUGGAAAGUAAGAAAGAACCCAGCAAGAAGAAGAAAGAUUCCCGUCCUCCGAAGGAAACGAACUUGGAACGUAUCCGACGCGAGGCGUUGGAGGUACACAACGUGUACAGGGCGAGACACGGCGUGCCUCCACUCGUCCUCAGCGGCAAGAUUAACAACCUCGCGCAGAGCUGGGCGGAGACGAUGGCCAAGACCGGCAAGUUUGAACACAGUCCGAGCAGCAGCCGGCCGGGGUGUGGGGAGAAUAUCUACUACUCGGCGUCAACGGCUUUUGACAUCAACGCUGUAACAGGUGGAAAAGCAACAAAGGCAUUUUAUGACGAAAUAGACGAUUAUGAUUUCAACAAACCCGGAGAAAAACCAGCCUCCGGAAAGAUGAUAGGUCAUUUCACUGCGCUUAUAUGGAAGAAUUCAAAAGAGCUUGGUGUUGGCAUGGCAACCUCUAGAAAGGGCAAACGGGGUCACGUGUACAUCUGCUGCAACUACACUCCACCAGGGAACUGGAGAGGUGCCGAGAACUACAUAGAGAAUGUGCCGCCUCUUCUGCCGAACAUUGGCUCGCUCGAACCCAUAGAUGUAGAGAAUGAGAAUUUUGAGGACGAGGACAGUAUUGAUGAUAAAGAUGAACUCGAGAAAGCAACAACAGCGCCCUCUGGCGGUAAUAUGACGCACUUGGAACGCAUCCGACUUGAGGUUCUGGAGAUGCAUAAUGUGUACAGAGCUAAGCAUGGUGUCCCGCCCCUUACGCCCAGUAAGAAGAUAAAUAAAUACGCGCAGAGGUGGGCAGAGACGAUGGCGAAGACUGGCAAGUUCGAACACAGUUCCGACGGACAGAGACCAAACUGUGGGGAGAAUAUCUACUUCGCAGGGUCAACAAACUUUGAUCUUGCCAACAUAAACGGUGGUCAAGCAACAACCUCCUUCUACGACGAAAUCAAGGACUACAAUUUCAAGAAGCCGGGAGAAAAACCCAAAUCUGGAAAAGUUAUAGGUCACUUUACAGCUCUCGUCUGGAAAGAUUCCAAGGAACUCGGUGUUGGCAUGGCUACCUCCAAAAAGGGCAAAUGGGGUUACGUGUACAUCUGCUGCAACUACAGCCCACCAGGGAACUGGAGAGGUGCCGAGAACUACGUAGAGAAUGUGCUUCCUCCAACAUCCGGGUCUUAA